AAUGUCAAUGCUGAUAUUAAGAAGUUGUCUGAUAAAAAUCAUCUAAAGAAACUGUUUACAAACUCUUUGUUUACCUUGAAGAAAAAACAUUCAUCUCUAACUUUGUCUGUGAUAAAGUACAUUCAGAAAUGCUUCAGUUACUCCAUAGCACAGGGAAAAGGAAAUGCUUCUCAAAUCAAAGAAGACCUUUCAUCAAUUCCAUUACACAUAUUUGGAGAUCACCAACACUGCUCCUCAAGGUGGUGCAACUUCAUUAACAACCCUAACCUGAGGUACAAGUCACUUCCACAUGGAAAACCCCUGAAAGAUAGGUUCCUUCAGGAUGAUCUGAAAGAAGUCUUCAGUUCAUAUGCAAGUCAUUCUGAUCGUCUUUCAUGCUUAGGAAGCACACAGUCCAAUGAGAGUUUUCACAGAAUGGUGUCUGCAAAAGCCCCAAAGACCCAUCAUUACAGCUCUUCUUCAAGCCUCAGAUAUAGAGUUGCUGCAUGUGUAGCCCAGAAAAAUGUUGGACACAGAUAUCUUGUAAAGGUUAACAAGAAAUUGGGCCUCUCUCCUGGCUACUAUACUCGACGACAGUGCAUUCUGAGGGAUUUGCAAAGAAAGCGACAGAAGGCCAUUUCAGUGACACAGAAAUUUAAAAGGAGAAGGAGAGAAUUGAAAGCCAGGAAAAUUCAAAGUAUUUCUACAAAAGAAACAAGGGAAGGCAUCAGUUAUUUAACAGGAUGUGAUCUCCAGCAGGCCUCUGACAUCGUUGAAAUUCCAGCUCCAAAAACAAUUCCAAAGUAUGAUCAUCUCCCUUCAAGUCAGCUGUUAAAUGCUGAAGAGAUCUAUUUUGAUUUGGAAACUACUGGACUCGCAAGGGAUUCUCAUAUUGUGCAGUUGUCUGCAGUUAGAAAUGAUGAGGUUUUCAACAAAUACAUCAUUCCAGAAAAACCAAUGUCCUCAAAAGCUACUGAAAUUACUGGAAUAAAAGUAGUCAACAAUAAAAUGUACCACAAUGAUGAGGAAGUUGAGACAGUCAGCAUUAAGGAUGCACUGAUCCAGUUUAUCGACUUCAUGAAGAAAUCGGAGUCAGAUGCUGUUCUAGUUGGACACAACUCCAAAGUGUUUGACCUUCCUGUGCUGUUCAACAUUUUGAGUAAAUUAAACAUUUUGGAGGCAUUCUCAUCUGCAGUCAUUGGUUUCAUUGAUACCUUACCUCUUUUCAAAAUUUCGCAUCCAAACCUUUCAUCAUACUCACAGUUACACCUCUUCGAAGAAAUUCUACAAGACAAAUACAGUGCGCAUGACUCAUUACAGGAUGUCUUAGCCUUGAAGAGAUUGUUGGACCAUACAGGACCUUCCCCUGAAGUCAAACUUGCUGCAUCUUUCACUUCAAACUCUGCCUUUGCCAUAUUCCAUCACAAGAGCACAACAAAAAGUCUAAUGAGCACACUAAAGCCUUUAUUGGACCAAAAGGUGAUUUCGAAUGGAAUGGGAAAUAAGAUUGCCAGCAGUGGACUCUCCUUAUCACACUUACAACUGGCUUAUCGCAGAAAUGGUAGGGAGGGAGUACAGGAUGUGCUGACAGAGAUAACAGAUAACAGUGUGCGUGUGACAAAAUCUAGAAAAAUCAUUGAUUCUGUUGCAGAUUUUCUCAGAUCUGAGCAGUAA